AAAGCCGCUAAUUAUUCAUUGAAUAUUAAUUAAUGAAGUCUUUUAAAAAUAAACGCCUUAAAAUUCCAAAUCGUUUCUUACAAUCGCUUGUUGUCUUUAGAGUUGCGCCAGGCUGUCUGCUAUUUUAAAUUUUUAUCUGUGCCAUCUGCCCCAACCUGUGAUCCGAACGAACGAUACGGAAUUCCCGUUGGAUUGGACCUUCUGUCUCAGUUUUAACAAUAAAUCUUAGUCUUAUCUAUAUUUAUUAUUGUUUUAUAUUUUCACAAGUGCAAGUUACUUAAAUCUUAAAAAAUUUAAAAUUAUGGGUGUAUAGUUAGGCAACAAUGAAUCCAUACAAAGAAGUGGAGGAAAGUUCUUUUACAACGCCUCCUCACUUAAAUUAUGAGGAUAUAGCCACAAAGCUGUUGAAAGAUCAUUAUUUCCUGACGGCACUAGAGCUUCAUACAGAACUGGUAGAAAGUGGAAGAGAGUUGCCUCAACUGAGAGAAUUCUUCUCUAAUCCCGGAAAUUUUGAGCAACAUGUCUCACGGGCAUCUGAUUUAAAUUCUAUGCAUCGGACUCCCAGUCAAGCAACUCUAGAUUCUUUGGAUACUGCUAGGUACUCAGAGGAUGGUGGUGGGGACAGAGGUGGAAGCGGUGGGGAUGUUGCUGUAUUAGAAUUUGAACUGAGGAAAGCAAGAGAAACUAUAAAUGCCCUUAGAGCCAACUUGACACAAUUUGCAGAUGGAGAUUCAGCAUUAGAUAAAACUGCAAAGGAUAAAUUUAACCAGCGCUCUCUUAAACCACAUGAGAAGAGAGCACUAAACUUCCUCAUCAAUGAAUAUCUUUUGUUACAAGAUUACAAACUUACUUCAAUCACAUUUUCAGAUGAAAAUCCUGAUCAGGACUUUGAAGACUGGGAUGAUAUAGGCCUGAAUAUCCCAAGACCUGCUGGUCUUGUUUCCCUCUUUUGGGGUAAUUCAACACCUAUAAAUAUACCUAAAGUGGAUGUGGCCACUGAAACUGAUAUGGAGCUAAUAGAUUCAGGGUGUCAAACGGAUUUCGAUGAGGGUAAUGUGUGUGUCAGUUGUCAAACCUCUUUGGAUAAUGAUGCAGACUGGAAUCAUGAGCUCUUAAUUCAGGCCGAGGAGAUUGAGCUCCUUAAACAGAAAAUAAUUGCAUUAGAGACAGAAAAAUUGAACUUCCAGAAAUUGUAUGAUGCUGCUAUUGUAAGCCUCAACUCAUUAACAAGCCCGUCAGUGGAUAGCAAAGAAAUUGAUAUGAAUAUACCUGAAGAAAAACUCUUAUCCGUUCAGAUGAAGACUGAUCAACUGGAGCAAAGACCAUUGACAUGUACGGCUGCAGAAAAUCACUAUGGCAGUAGUAAUUCUACUCAUAGUGCGACUCCAGAACAGUUUGAAAUGAUUGAUAGUGAAAAAAAUAGUGUCAUAGUACGCAAAGAAGGCUCUAAUACGAGUUCGUUCGACCCUGCCGCAAUGGAUAGCGUGCGAGACUCGCCGCUCCGUCGCAGCAGUGUGACCACUCUCGACGAAACCCUUAGUAUUAAUGAUGCCGGCGAAUGGACUAGAGUGCAAUAUGAAUAUAACCCAGUCGAGAGUACAAACAAGGAUAUGUGGAUUGAUAGUGGUCUUCCAAACAGUUUAAAAGUGUCUAUUUUGAACUGGUGUUGUGAAUCUCUGAAUCUCAAUGAGCCUCUCACCAAUGAUCUAUUGGCUGAGCUAGUAAAUAGUGAUAAACCCAUGACUCUUCCAAAUCUUCUUACGUUAGUGGCUGAUACAUUGCCUAGAUUGGUGCCACACACAUUAGUUUCCCGCCGUGCUGAAGCCGCCGCCCUGUGCGCGGCGGGGGCGGCGUUGUUGCCGUCCAGUGAACCGCGACGGGCACGUUUACUUCAUACACUACUUACACUUGUUAAGAAGCCAGAACCGGCCGACGCUAGAGCCAUCUGUGAAGCUACAUGCCUCAUAGUAAAAUGGGGUGGCAGUGGCGAAGUGUUAUCAUCAAUAGCAGAAUUAUUAGCAUCAAGAUCGCCUGAGCGUCGAAUAUUAGCCAGCCAAAUUUGCGUGGCCAUAGCUCCUUACGUUCCAAUAGAACUUUGCACGUCUCUUCUACUCAGUCUUGUUUUACUAAUGUGUGAUUCGAACGAAGUCGAAGUACGGAGUUUGGGAUUAAAAGCCGCCUGUCUAAUAUCCCCAGUAGCGGAUCAUAAGUAUGAUCAGUUAGAAAAUAUAAUGUUCAAUUUCUUGAAGGAUCCAGCAGAGAAAAAUGUGAAAGAUGCUGUGAAUAUUUUUGUACCUGUGUUAGGAAGGAGUGCUUUGAUUGCAGGAAAAUUAUCAUCAGAUCUGUGUAGAAGAGUCAUCACGAAUUUAGCGAAAUCUACGAGCGAGGAGGAAUGGAAACAAUCACUGUUAUAUUUAGAAGUUUUACGUAUGUUAGUAUUAGCCAAGUUGGCUUAUGUAGUGAAUGUACAAAUAGUUAAGGAUACUCCGAGUGACUGUGAUAUGACAAUUAAUUUACAAGACGUGCCGUUGGAGGGGGAACAGGAGUUCUUUCUAGAUUUACAAUGUUACGUGGAUGGCGGGGAUGCGAAGAUGUUGGUUGUUGCAAUGAAUAGUUUAAUAAAGGAAAAGCCUGAAGUGAGAUGGAAAGAAGUGACAUGGUUUAUUGAAUUAGUUAAGCAAAUAAUACAAAUAUUGACAAAUAGCAAAGUAUUAAAUCGUUCUACAGCGUAUGAGCAAAUGAUAUCUCUAUUUAGAAGUUACGUCGAAAAUUUCGGCGUUCAAUUCACGAAUUAUAUUCUCAAGCCGAUUUUAAUGGAAGUGAUCACUGAUUUAGAACAAAGGAUGGAAAAACUUCACACUAUUAACGUCGAUAGUACCAUAGUUGUUGGCAUUUAUUUAGUUGCCCUGUUACCUGUGCUUGAAGAAAAAACGCAACAAGGUGAAUUCUUGCAAAAGUGGAUCAUGUACAGCAGUAUCCGUGGCCUCCCCGCUAAAAUAUUCUCAACACCAUUGAAAUGGGUGUCGCGGCAUCGACCGGAGUCGCUUGAUAGCUAUUUGCAACAUCUCAGAGAAUUUUCAGCCAGCAGUUGUGAAAGUCCAAGUGGCAAUGCGAUCAGAGUGUAUAUAGGCAACCUUAUAACGGAAUUGUUGAAUGUGGCGGAUCUCAACGAAAACACUAUAGAAAAGCAACUCAUACCAGCUGUCAUGGCGCUCUUACACGACGAUGAUGUAGCGGUUCGGGAAGUGGCAAUAACAGCGUGGGGCAGUGUGACGCGAACUUGUAUCAUCCGAGGAUUGGCGUGCUCUGCUCAGUGCUGGCCGCCAGUGGAGGGUCUGCUGAAUUCGAGCUCUGUGCUGUCCACUCGGGAAGCCGGUAGAGUGGCUGAAGCACUGGCCACUCUUGUACUGCCUACCCCUGACAGCCAUGCUUUGUCUGAAAGAGCUGUAUCGAUGCUGUGCUCGCUGUGCCACCGCGGCGACAUCGGCAGCGAGUGGCUGCCCGCGCUGUGCCCGGGGCUGCAGCUGGCCGCGCACCACGCCGCCCGCCACCCGGGGCUGCUGCCCGCGCUCAGAAAACUGGAAGAAGUUGUUCAAAACCCAUCGUUGGCACAAUUCAAGCCUACCAUAGAGGUGCUACUGCACAAUGUGACAGGAACAGCCGUCGGCAGCGACGUGUACAGAGAGCCGCCGAGGCCAGCGUCCAAUCUACAAGCGGCGCAGGAAGUAGGCAGGCGAGUCACGCAAAUGUUCCAACAUUCCAAAACUAAUAUCAAUCUGCCGAAUAUAUUUAAAAAGAAAACUUAAUUGUUAAUAUUAAUAAACAUGGGAGAUUUUAUUCUAAAAUUUAUUACUCAAACAUAACAUUAUUCGUGCAAACCACAAUGUGUUAGUGAUUUUCUCACGAAAGCUUUAAAAAGUACUUACAAUAUUUGGCGUUUACUUUUUGAGUUGAAAGGGGGAUGGAGUUAUGUAAAUCUCAAUUAUGAUAAAAUGAAAUUAUUAAUAUAAAGUAAUUGACAAAGUUAUGCUCGCGUUUAAGAUGAAUAAAUUUGGGCGUAGAGCUUAUUUAUUGUUUACCUAUCUUCCAAGUGGAGCUGGACGUGGGUACGUAAGUUAUGGAGUUAAGUUCCAAAUCCUAACAUUCGAAUACGAAUACAAAUCUGCAAGAUAUUUUUAAGAAAAGUAGGUACUUAAGACAAAAGUGUUUUGGGCGUCCAUUUUGUUAAAUGUUAGUUAAUCUUAUUUUCAAAGCGAAAAACUAUCGCUGUUUCGCUUUUAUUAUGACGUGAAAAGGGACAGCACUAGUGUUUAAGCGUUCUCACGGCUGUUAUGCUGCUUACAGCAUAACAGCCGUGAGGGAUAGCUGUAUAAGCUCGGUAAAAUACAACAGUAAGUUCUUAAACUAAGAAACAAAAAGUUCAAACAAUACCAUGUUAAAAAAUGUUAUACCAGUAUUAUAAUGAUAUUUUAAAUUAUAAAUUGUAAUUUGUUAUAGAACAUUCAAAUUUGUUGAAAUUGAUGUGUAUAUUUUAUUUUUUAUUUUAUUUGGUAUUUGAACUUUUAUUUUAACAGUUAUAAAGAAUUUUACAUGUCAUUCUAUGCAUACAAUGGGCCACAUAGAAUAGUAUACAACGAUAGUUUUCUAAAUGGUACAGUAAAAACAAGAGCAGAAAAAUAUGACACAUACAAACCAAAAGGCAUAAAGGGGUCAGGUUACUCCGCUGAUGACUCUACUGUACAUUAUUUGUGGUAUAAUUAUUGAUUCCUUCAUGCUUUACUAGAUACAGGUGCUAUUCAUGAAAGUUGACAAGGCGUAUAUAUCUUUUUUCUCUAUCUUUGAGGUUGACCACCCAGUAAGAGAGAGAGAGGAAAGGUAUAAAGUAAAGAUAUUUCAACGUUCGUGAAUCAACUUCUGGAAUUAUUUUUAACGGGUUACAAAAAUAGUAGUUGCUAAUGUUCAAUGGCCUUAAAAUAUAUGUUAUAUACAUAAUGAACAUUAUGUAAGUAUAAACCUAAUAAUUUAUUUACUUUUAAAUUUUUAAGUUAAUACUUACUCACACAAUUGUAAAUACUCUUAAUACUUCAGUACUCAUCUUUUCACAUUUUAGCAAGACGUGAGAGUCAGCAAGUUAGUUAGCAAGUCGGCUUCCGACUAAAAAAAGCGUGCGUUCGUAAACAUUAUUUUUGUCAACCAAUGGUCUUUCUAUGGAUAUACAACAUCGUGUAGGGAUACCGUGAGUAAACCGCACAUUCAGGCUACUGGAUGUAUAACCAUACCCAUGAUCUAAGCUUGGUUAGGUUCUCCUGUAAGAAUUGGGUGGUGAGAAGAAAAUUACUUCGUAAAAACCUGAACUCACCGUCACUGAAAUUGUGGUUUGCAGUUAUAUGACAAUUACAGAUUAGUUUGUUUCUGAAAGUUUAUAGUUACAUUUUUGUUGGAAGCUAACUAGCGAUUUAAAAUGAAUGUUAUACAGUUAAGAUAUUUGUUUAUGUUUCAGUAUAUACAUUUCCGCUGACAAUUCAAAGUGAGACAAAAUAAAUAAUAACGAGUUAUUAACAGGAAAAUAUUUGAAAAAAAUAAUGAUUUUAUAAAAAAAAAAUUGUUUUAUUUUUCCCUGUCCUUAAAUAUUACCUACAUACAUACAUAAAAUAGUAUUUGUGAGAUUUUUCGCGCUGAAUAUAUGUCCUAAACAAAAUUUUAGUCCGUGUGUUAGAAAAUGUAUCUAUCUAAAUAUAAUACAAUAAAACAAUUAUUUUUUAAUUUUUAGGACAUCAUUAAUUAUGAACAGAGUUUUAUAUUAAAGGAUUGUGUAUUUGUGUGUGUGACAAAAGGAAACGAUGAUUUCGGCUCCGCUCGCUCGGAAUUGUUUGUCCAUCAAGGGCAUCGUGAUUGUCUAUUACGUAUAUGGUACGUACAGUUUUAUUUGUGGGUUUUGAAACAAUUAAAACAGAGCGGAGCUCGGUCCUGUUGUCCUCGGUCGGGUUAUUCCCGAAGUAUUUAAAAAGAAAUAUAAUUUCACUAGCUUUUGUCGCGGGUAGCGACUUCGUCCGCAUUUUUUGGAUAGAAAAAAUACUGAUAGGUUUGAACUUCAUGCAUGGGAUUUGCUGCUUCCGAGUUCCUGUAAUUAAAUAUUGCUGACUCACUGCCUUUAUUAAUAUACUAGCUGUUGCCGGCGACUUCGUUUGCACAAUUUGUACAAUUGGAGUACAAUUAUAAUCUGACACUUAAUUGGGAUGCUCAGAGCAUGUAUGUAGGAUUAUCGAGAAGGAUGGAGGUGCUUGAGAUGGAUUAUGGGGUGCAAAAGGGAAUAAACUUGGUUUUGGAUAGAUUAAGUGCUAGAUAAUUAGAUUUUAACCAAGAGGAAAUAACUUGUAGGGCGGUUUCAGCAUGCUUUUGUACAUCGUUUAAUUCACUGCAAUUGACGAGUAACGCAGUGUCAUCAGCAUAGGAUAAUAAUAAUUUUGCAAUUAGGUAAGGACAUUUCGCAGAGGUCAUUCACAUAUAUGAGAAAUAAAGUAGGUCCUAGCACAUUUCCUUGGGGAACCCCAUAAUUUACAGACUCUUCCUUGCUUGUGAUUCCGUUUAUAAUGACAUAUUGGCAACAGUUAUUGAGAUAACACUUCGAAACAAGUCCAGUGCAACGAGCAUAAAAAGGUCAGUAUUUAUUCAGCACACAAGACUUAUAAGAAUCACUUAAUCAUUACAACAAAACAAAUGAUAGACUGAGGCAAUGUCAACAACGGAUCCAAAAAAAAACAGUAAAAAAAAUAUAAAUAGGUUUUUUUCUUUAAUCUUUUAUCUAUUGUUAAGCGGCAGAGGAAACUGAGUACACAUGCAUCUAGCGAGUAUUUGAGUAAUUACGUGAAAAAUUGCCAUUUCAUUUCAUUACGUGUUGAGUAGUAUAUUAAUUUUAU